AUGGAUGCGAUCGUGCUGCUCAGCGAGGAAGAUCUUAUUGUCGUGAAAAACUUCGUAAGUUUCUUGUUCAACUCUUUCUCUCAGUCUAUUCAGAAAUUAUCUUCAGGAUUUCGUCGUCUUCAGUCCGUUCGAUUUGACUAGAGAAGAGUUUCUUUCCGUAAGCACUCCAAGGCGCUUGGAUCAGCUCAAAAUCAUCGUGAGUCGGAUUAAAUCGUUUCUGAUCUUCAACACUAGCUUUUCAGUUUGACCGUUUCUCUCCUGCAGUGAUCAGAAAACUGAAUGGAGUUUUAUGCGAGAUGACGUGCGGCAUUCUCAUUGUGACGAUAAUUCGGGACCGCGGACGGACCUUCAGAUCGACUCAGCUGCCCGAGAGCAUAUCCGAUGUGGUAGGCGGAAGGUUACUUUCGAACUCAAUUCAAAAUUUUUUCAGGUCGAACGAACGGUCGCUAUUCUGGCUCCAACAUUCAUCUCAAACAUCCAAAUCGUCACAGACCAACAAAAACAGCCACUGGAGUAUAUUUUCACGAAGAAGAAGUUGGUGGCCAACACGUCCGAUAUCGAACUCCGAUAUCUGGGAAAGAUCAUUCACAGAGACUAG